CGGUGUGUUUUCUUUUUUCUUUUUUCGUUUUUAAAAAUGAGUUUUUCGAAGCUGCGCAGGAUGAACCGCUUCCUGUCGUGACGGGAUCUUCCUGGUUUGUUUUGUUUUGUUGGGAUUAUUCCCAGAAGUCAGAGGUCGCCGUACAGCCGCUUUCUAUCAAAGCAUGGACAAGACCCAUCUUUCCAGCACUAAUGACAUCAUCAUGACGAGCUCCUCAGGCUCUUACCAGCAGGAGCCCCUGACUCCACCCAGGCCCGCCCAUCUGCACUCUUCAUCCUCCUCCAUGUCCUCACCCUCUCCUUCCUCCUCCUCCUCACCCCUCAAACCCAACCAGGUCGGCCAGGUCAUCCUGUACGGCGUUCCCAUCGUUUCGCUCGUCAUCGACAACAACGAGAGACUUUGCUUGGCGCAGAUCUCCAACACCCUCCUCAAGAACUACAGCUACAAUGAGAUCCAUAACCGCCGCGUGGCGCUGGGCAUCACCUGCGUCCAGUGCACCCCGGUGCAGCUGGAGAUCCUCCGCCGGGCCGGCGCCAUGCCCAUCUCGUCGCGGCGCUGCGGCAUGAUCACCAAGCGCGAAGCCGAGCGCCUGUGCAAGUCCUUCCUGGGAGAGAACUCGCCGCCGAAACUGCCCGACAACUUCGCCUUCGACGUCACACACGAGUGCGCCUGGGGUUGCCGUGGUAACUUCAUUCCAGCGCGCUACAACAGCUCCAGGGCCAAAUGCAUCAAGUGCUCCUUCUGCAACAUGUACUUCUCCCCAAACAAGUUCAUCUUCCACUCCCACCGCACGCCGGACGCCAAGUACACCCAGCCCGACGCCGCCAACUUCAACUCCUGGCGACGACACCUCAAGCUCUCCGACAAACAUCCACCCGACGAGCUCGUCUACGCGUGGGAAGACGUCAAAGCUAUGUUCAAUGGAGGCAGCCGAAAGAGAGCGCUGCCCUCCUCGGCCCAGUGCUCCUCCAUGGGCUCCAUGAAGAGCCUCCAAGGCUCGGUGGUGCCUCACAUGAUGGGACCGGACCUGGGCGCUCAGAAAAGAUCCCGCUUCGAAGAUGACGACGACCUGGAUGGAGACAGUCUGUCUCCCCGUAAGACGCCACGUAGCUACCCUGUCAUCCCCGUCCCCAGCAAAGGCUUCGGCAUGCUGCAGAAGUUCCCUCCCACCUCCCUCUUUCCGUCCCCGUACCCCUUCCCAGCAUUCGGCCUGUGCCAGCAGAAAAAAGAGGACAGUGACGUAGCAGCCGGCCAGAAAGGAGCAGGGCUGUCUGGUCUUCUAUGGCCUGGCCGCAAAGACACUUUCUAUCCUCCUUUCUGCAUGUUCUGGCCGCCGAGAGCAGCAGGAGGCAUCCCCGUCCCGACCUACCUCCAGCCUCAGCCCAGCAGCCUCUCCUCCCUGGCAGACAACCCCUCCCUGCGCCAGGCCUUUCUGGACCUGUCGGACCCCAGCGAAUCUGGAGCUGUGAGCGGCAACGGAAAUGGUGUCAGUGCAACUAUUGCCCCCAACAGCGGGACCACCACACAGAGAUCUGGGCUUUUUGACCCAGAGUGCACAACAAUUACCCCCGACCUUCGCCCUGUGACAUCAGAGGGCUGGCUCAAGCUGCUGGACGCCCCGACCCUCCAGACGAGGAAGCCCAGCUACGGUUCUGCCUUCCGCCCCGUCAUCAAAGACGCAGAGAGCAUCGCCAAGCUCCACAGCAACGGCGGAGGAGUGGCUGGGGCAGCAGAGGAGGACUUUGGGGUGGUGGUCACCGGGUCGGACCGACACCAGCGGCUGUCGCCCACCAGCAGCUGUAGCUAUGGCAGCGAGAGCGGAGGCGACGGAGAAGCGGAAGGAGCAGAGAGCGAGGAGGAGGGGGAGGUGGAUGUGGAGUCAUCGAAGCAGGAAGACGAGGAGGAGGAGGGCAGCUUCACGAGCAGGCCGCCACAGACUCAAACCAACCUGUACCUCCCUGCGCUGAGCGACGGCGCCGGAGAGGAGAGAGGGAAGGACAGAGGGAGUGGCGCCAUGUAUCCCAGCGCCUCCCCUCGGUCCUCCUCAGAUCCCAUCCACCAGGACUCCCCCAGCCUGCCUGCCUCCCCUCCUGCCAGCCUGCCUCUCUCCGGCUCCACCCCUCCUCACCGAGAGGACACAGCUUACAAAAACGUUCAUAAAAACAGAGACGAAGGACUCCCUGCAUAUGCAACCAAAGACAGUUCCAGCAUUCCUGAUGAAAACAAAGAGCAGAAUAGUUUCUUUGUGCCGGAGAGCGAGACGUCGGCGCCGGACUACUGGAGGGAGAGCUCAGGCGAUCAGAGCCAAGGCGCUGCCUCUCCUGUGCCGCUAAAGAAGGACGUGGAGAACAUGGAGAAAGAGGAGCUUCAGAAGGUUCUGCUGGAGCAGAUCGACUUCAGGAGGAGGCUGGAGCAGGAGUUUCACGCUCUGAAGGGCACCUCGCCGUUUCCUGUCUUCCAUAAUUUUCAAGAUCAGAUGAAACGAGAGCUCGCCUACAGAGAGGAGAUGGUCCAGCAGUUACAGAUGAUUCCGUACGCAAACAUCAUCAGGAAAGAGAAAAUCAGCUCCCACCUCAACAAGUAG